GGUAGAUUUUUACUUCAUUAUUAUUUGACCAAAAAUAAGUUUGAAUUAAUGAAGCACCAAUCCACUUUCCCACUCUCACUCACUCUAAUCUUCAAUCUCAAUUCUCAACCCCUCAAUAUUUCUCUCUCAUCAAAACAAUCUUUCUCUCUCAUCUGCAAGCUCCAAGCUCCAUCCAUGGAUUCUCCACCAAUUUACCUCCUUCCACAAGACACUCUCCACAUGAUUUUCAUCAAACUUCCACUUCGUCAAAUCAUCCUUUGUAGAUCAAUUUCCAGAACCUUCCACACCCUUCUUACUUGCCCUUCUUUCAUCCAAAUCAUCCUUUCUCAUCACCCUCCUCUCUCUCUCCUCGCUCUUCGUCCACCUCACCACCACCACACACGCCACCGUCAACUUCUCCCUCACCCUCCUCCCUUCUCUCUUCUCCACGCCUUUGAUCCUUUUUCCGAUCAAUGGCUCAGAUUUGACCUCACCUUCCUCCCUUUCACUUCUCUCUCCCCUGUUACUUCCUCAGUCGGACAGAUCUACCUCUGGGGCGAUUCACCUAAGUUCCCAACCCGCUCGCUUAUUGUUUGUAACCCGUUAACUCGUACCUUCCGUGUCCUUCCCCAACUUGGGUCUGCCUGGUCCAAACACGGGUCUGUCUUAUCCGGGUCGGGUGGGCGUGUCGUUGUCCUUACCGAACUCGCCACCCUGUAUUGGUCCGAAUCCGAGAAAACCCAUGAGUAUAACAACAAUUGGUUAAAAUUCUCAUCGAAUUUACCCUCAAAACCUCGUAGCCCCAUUUUAAUCGGUAGUUCAUUAUAUGCAUUAUGUGAUGUGGGUUCACCUUGGAGGAAUCUAUGGAAGCUAUUUGCGUGCAAAUUACCCGAAUUCGAAACGACAUCGUUGGGGUGGAGUAGAGUAGAGAGGAACGAAUGGGGGGAUGUUUUCGACAUAUUGGAAAGACCCAGAUUAGUUAAUGGAAUUGGGAAGAAGAUUUUAAUGGUAGGAGGGCUAAAAUCAUCAUUCUCAUUGAAUGCUUCGUGUUCAACUAUAUUGAUAUUGAGAUUGGAUUUGGAGAGUUUGGAAUGGGAUGAAGCAGGGAGAAUGCCACUGGAAAUGUACAAGUGUUUUCAAGAAUCUUCCAAAUUUAAGGUAUUUGGAGGUGGUGAUAAGGUUUGUUUUAGUGCUAAGAGAGUUGGGAAGAUGGCAUUAUGGGAUAAUUCUUGUAAAGGAGUGGAAAAUUGUGGUGGAGAAUGGCGAUGGAUUGAAGGGGCGCCUGGGUUUGGGGAUGGAUUCUUGCGUGGGUUUGUAUUUGAUGCUUGCUUAAGCAUUAUUUCAUAGCAUCACUUUGAUUUUGAGCAUGUGUAAGGGGAUCGAUUAUGUAAGGUUUUAUUUUAAUUUUAUAAGCAAUGGAUUUAAAUUUUAGUUUUUAAUUACUAUAUUUUAAUUAUUUUACUUGUUUAUUGACUCAAAAUUGUUAUAAAAUACUUGAUAGUACAAAUUA